AUGGCUGCCGAAUCUUUCCAAACGCGACUUCAAGUCCUCAAUCGAGAGGAGCCUUCCAGGUGGAAUUCGACCAGUUUAAUCAAGUUCUAUCUAUUGCUUCUUGCGCCGCUUUUGACAUCUACGGCGUGGGGAUUCGAUCUUUCCCUCACCAAUAGCCUACAAUCUGUUGAUCAGUUCAUGGAUACAUUCGGCAAUCCUCCCGGUUCACGAGUCGGCUUUUUUGGUGCAGCAACAUCUGUCGGUGGUAUCAUAGCAUGUUCUAUUGGUGGUCCACUCGUUGAGAAGUUUGGGCGGCGAGCUAUGUGCUCAGUCGGUGCUGGGAUCAUUGUUGCUAUGGCCAUUAUGGAGACAUUUGCCACCAGUUUCGCAAUGUUUACUGGUGGGAAGGUUAUACUGGGUCUGGGAGCAUAUUCUCAGCAAGUGGCAACUCCAGGCCUCGUUACUGAGCUCGCGCAUCCCAAACAGCGUGUCGCAAUCACCUCGUGA